UGUCCCUUAUCUAAGCUAAAUUAUCGAAGCUGCUUACAAUUAUUUGUCCGUUUUAUACAGCUGGCCGGGGUAUGACUUGUGCAAGGGUGGUGAUUUGAACCUGAGUCCUUCCCAAGGCAACAACUGCGCCGCCAGCUGCACAGUUUAAUCUAAAUACAAAAUUUGGGUUCUUAAAGAAAAUGACUUGCUGCUAGCCGGAAAAGCGCAACUUCAGCGGCAGGUGUCAGAGAAACGCAGCGUCCUCGCUGCCUUUUGCGCGGCUCCUGCGCGCUUCGCUUAUGCGCCGGAUGCCCUGUUCCGUCCGCUGCGUGAGACCUCCGCGACAGCAGGGGGCAGCAGAGCGCACUCGCGGCGCCGUUCUACACUUCGACUCUUUACCGUGUUCGCUCGCAAGUUUUGAGCAGCCCACGGCAGCGGUGCGUGUGCUCCCCUGACAGACUUUUCUUUCGGACGGUUUUAACGCCUUCACCUCUACUCUUCCCUCGUACCCGCGUUAGUUUAGCUGCCAUGCCGACUUUUCUGGCGUAUGUGAGCACGUGUAUUAUAAUAUUAUGUGCGCUUCUAUCGGCGCGGCGCAGUGACAGCAGCAGGGCUGCGGUGGCCGCCGCUUCUUUCUCCCAGUCUCUGGACAGCGACUUCACCUUCACGCUGCCCGCCGGUCGCAAGGAGUGUUUCUACCAAACCAUGAGGAAAGACGCCUCUCUGGAGAUCGAGUACCAGGUGCUUGAUGGAGCAGGGCUAGAUGUGGAUUUCUCCCUGUAUUCACCCAGUGGAAACAUGCUGAUCGCUGACUACAGGAAGUCAGAUGGUGUGCACACAGUGGAGACAGAGGAUGGGGACUACAUGUUCUGUUUCGACAAUACCUUCAGUGCUGUUUCUGAGAAGAUCAUCUUCUUUGAGCUCAUUCUGGACAACAUGGAAGAUCUAGAAGGUGGUGACCCAGACUGGAAGGAGUACGUCCAUGGGACAGAUAUGCUGGACAUGAAGCUGGAGGACAUCAUGGACACCAUCAACAGCGUGAAGGCAAGGCUGGGAAAGAGCCUGCAGAUCCAGACUGUGCUUCGAGCAUUUGAGGCUCGAGACCGGAACUUGCAGGAGAGCAACUAUGAGCGCGUCAACCUGUGGUCGUGCACGAAUCUCAUUGUCAUGGUGGUGGUGUCGGGGGUGCAGGUGUACCUGCUACGCAGCCUCUUUGAUGACAAGAGGAAAAGCCGCACAUAGCACGCCCACAGAGGGACAGAGCCCCACGUUACAUCCAGCUGGUGCUGGAGCCCCCUCCUCUGCUGGAGCACUGCCUGGCAUAGGCAAAGCCCUCAGACACCAAGGCAUACGUGCAUACAUAUAUACACACAUACACACUCACUCACGCAGUGAUUCGCUCGCAUACACUGAUUUUCGCAAACCAUCCGCCCACUCUUUUUCCUCUCCAUCCUAUCAUUAGAUUUUUUUUUUUUUUUUUUGCUUUUUUGGGUUAUGGGGACAGUGGGAUGUCCUUACACUCCCCUGUAAUGUAUCUUUUCUGUGUUACGCUACUGAUCUGAUGGACAAAUUGCUCAUUACAGCACAAUUUAUUAUUGAGAAGAAUCUAAUGUUGGAUUACAG